AUGGAGGAGGACUGGAGCGGCGGCGGCGGGAUAUCGAACUUGAUUUCCCUGGAGGAGCCGACUGCAUCUCAUCUACCGUGUUCCGUGCGAUUUCGUGUCUUUUCUGAUCCGGUCGACAACGUUGCUGCGCGUGAGGCGGCAUGGCGCUCAGCAUUGCCAAACAGUUUGUGUGUCCACAAACGCCGGCGACUGGAUGAGGUGUCAACUUGUGAGAGGGAGGCGGUUGUUCGGCCUCUUCUACGUGUUUUGAGGGAUCCCAUUGCGAUGGCGCGUCGCCGGUUUGAGACACUCCGCUGGUUUGACGAACCCCGAGCUGCGGAUGACAUUUGUGCUCGUUUAGAGCUUGACAGGCGGCUCGGCGUCACGCCAAGUCUUGCUGCCUUGCAUCAGGCGUUAAGGCGCCUAAGAUCUUUGCGUCGCACGAGACUCAUUGCGGACCUGGCGGAGGACCUUGUCAUGGAUGCACCAUCGAUCUCUGUUUACACGCUCCUGCUGAUUGUGGAGGGACUUGAAGGAGAGCCUCAACGUGCGGCCUCUUUUCUCUUUUCACUGACGCCUUUAGUUACAAAUGGCACCGUGCCGACAAGUGUGUGGUCUUCGCUCUGCUGCGAACUUGACACUGUGGCUCGACAGAUGCCGUCACCUCUAGAGCGGUGUAUAGUGGAUCUGUUUGGGCAGCUGUUUUAUCGAGUUCGAGAGGAUGGUCCUGUAAACGGUUCCAUUGUCGUUUAUUACGGUCAGGCUUUGCUGAAGAGCCGCGCGCCUAUUCGUAGUGUUGUGGCAUUUGUUCAAACCGAAUUGCUGAGUGGGCGAAACACCCCCCCGAGUUAUGCCGUGUCAGAGUUACGGCUGAGUGCAUUUCUUAGUGAUUUGAUUCAAGUGUUGUCUGUCCGUCCUAACGGCGGUGCGGACGAGCGGGAGGAAGGGCCGCCGUUUUCUGCGCGAGAGCGGCUGUUGUGCUGCAGUGAUCUUGUCAAACAUGCAUACGCAGGGCGACUCUCUUUGAGUCAAGCCGCAUUUGACAUGCUUUUACGCUUCUGUGAUGAGGAGCAGGAUUACAAUCUCCUUUGUAUUCUUUUUCUCGCCAUGUGUGCCCUCUCCACCCCGACAUUAAUUUCCACCGCGCGUGUUGCAGAAGUCUUAUGCGAUGUGGAGGAGCUUUCACACCACUUUGCCGGGGUUCUUGGCCAGCCCAUUCCAAUGUGGAUGCUCUACAUUAUAGUUCGUCACGGAAAAUCAAGUCUGUUCACACCUGCUCAUCGAAAGAAGAACAACCGAAAGGAACUUGAGUUACACUUCUGUGAUUCUCUGGCGCGGUUGUGCGCGCGUGAUGGGGAUGCCUCUCUUUGUAUGGAUGUUUUUGAUGCGAUUGUUGAAUAUGGAAACCCCGCAGGGGCUCAUGUCUUUGUAUGUUCUUUAACACGUGCAAUGGGUGUGACACAGCGUCUUUUUGGCGGCCCCGCGACAACAAUAGACGUGGCAGCGUUGGAACCGUUUAAUCUUGAGACGUUGUAUUACGCUUUGGGAACGGAUGCAGUGAAACUGGAAGAAUUUCGCUUUUUUAUUUACGAACGACCAUCUGCGUUUCUGUUCCCAUCUCGCAAAGGCAGUUGCGUCACGCUAGAACGCGCACUGUCUGUUCUUUUGGAUUCGCCACAGGUGUACAGUACUGUAUUGGAUGUGAGUGCGGUGUGCGCCCUUGCGGAGUCAUUGGCCCUUGCGGAGGCAUUUGUUAAAAUGAUGAAUGGAUAUGCAGCAAAGUCAGGAGCGUUAGCGUUUGUGCCAUUUGACGUCUGUGCCGCAAUUCAACUGACGGAUGGUGGGCGACAAUUGCUGCUCUCGUGGCUGGCAAAUCACCAUUGGUUAAUCAUGCUUCCACUUUCUUUUACGCUCCAACGCUUGACAGGCGUCACGUCUUCUGCGAUGUCGAUACCUCCCUCGCUCCGGCAGCAGCCGUGCAUUUUUUUAUUUUAUGCGUUACGUCGUGUGGGUCACGCAAAGGCCGCAUUUGUAACUGCCGCCUCGCCUGCCGCGGAACUGGCAAAGGCGGAAGGUGUGCACCCCGUCAUUACAGUUGAAGAGCUGAAAACACGUCUCGGUCUUCGUUGA